ACAGUAAACUCGGAUAGCUCAUCGUUUUAUUGUUAAAUGUCUUGAGUGACCUUUUCGAGUUUUCUUUUACGUACGGGUAGAAAGCUGCUAUACUGCACGUUUGGAGCGGACAGCUAGGUCGUCGGACAACGAGAGAAAUGUCCGCACCGCCGAGCUUGUUGAAAACGGCGUACUACGCUUGCAACAAGAUUGAGCGUAAAAAGUUCGACUUACUGGAAACACUGGACGUCGAUAUGCAAAAUUGUUGCUGGUCGCUGUUCGAAAUAAUAAAAAUCAACAAACAACUAAACGGGGACAACAAAAGGCAAACCCUGUUCAGAAGAUUGAACCGCAGGUUUGGAAAGAAAUUUAAAAAGAAGUUUAAAAACAUAUGCAGUGAGGCAGCGUCGCACGAGCACAUCGAUUGCCUGAAACUUGCACACGAGAUCGGCGUUGGAUGGGAUGAGGACACGUGCACAAACGCCGCGAAAUCGGGUAAUCUGGAGUGCCUAAAGUACGCCCGGGAAAACGGGUGCCCGUGGAACGAAUGGACGUGCGUCUUCGCCGCGUCUUCGGGUAAUAUAGAGUGCCUAAGGUACGCCCGGGAAAACGGGUGCCCGUGGGACAAAUUGACGUGCGUCUUCGCCGCGUAUUCGGGUAAUAUAGAGUGCCUAAAGUACGCCCGGGAAAACGGAUGCCGGAGGGACGAAUGUACGUGCAGCAUGGGCGCGUUUAAUGGUCACACAGCCCGCCUGGUGUAG